CCAACAAAUCUAAUCUUAUUGGACCUACCUGCAACUUUCUUUUUCCAACAUUUAUAUAUGGAAACACUCACAUGAAUGGAUUGGAUUGUCUCAACACAAAAUCAAACCAAAAUUUCCUCUAAAACCAAAAUUCCUCUACUCUCUCUCUCUCCCAACGCACACACACAAUCUCAUAUCUUCCAAGCUUUUGCGUAAAAGAAAGAAGAGAGAGGGAUAUGGGUACGAUAAACCAAGGAAUAAGCUUGUACGAUGAACCACAAAACAUCAUAAACCCUAAUAGUAACCAUCUGGGUUUCUUUCUCUCUUUCCCUAAUCAAACAUUAUCUUCUUCUUCUUCUUCAUCAUCAUCUCCUUCUCUUGCGUCUUCAUUUCUGGUUCAUCACUCCUUAAACUCCUUCCUUCAAAAUAACCCUCCUUCAUUUCUAACUCAUCCUCAAGAUCCCAUCAAUUCCAUGGCCAAUCUCCCAGAAACCCUAAUCUCGAUCUACUCAUUAUCCUCAUCAAAGCAAAAGGAUGCUCAUGAUGGUAUUGUUAAUCUUGAUCAUCAUCGUCUCACCGGUGGUAUAUCAUCCCAAAGGCCAUCUUUAAAUCAAUGGGCAGGGAGUUGUCAAGCAGAAUAUGGUUACAGUAAGAAAAACAACCAUGGAAGCGAGAUUCAUGUAUAUGAUAUUGAUGACGAUGUUGGUAAUGGUGGUCGUAUUAAUGAUGACGAGGAUCAUGAUCAACAUAGUGAUACUCUUCGUCGUCAUAAACGUAAUGCGAUGCCUGUAGGAGUAGGGUGUACUCUAAAGAUGAAGAAGCUUAAGACAAGAAGAAAAGUAAGGGAGCCUCGGUUUUGCUUUAAGACGCUAAGUGAUGUUGAUGUAUUAGAUGAUGGAUAUAGAUGGAGAAAAUAUGGUCAGAAAGUUGUCAAAAACACUCAACAUCCCAGGAGCUAUUACAGAUGCACACAAGACAAGUGUAGGGUGAAGAAGAGAGUGGAGAGAUUAGCAGAUGAUCCAAGGAUGGUAAUCACAACUUACGAAGGAAGACAUCUUCAUCCUCCUAAUCAUCUCGACGACGACUCUCUCUCCUUCUCUCACCACUCUCCUCUCUCCAACUUCUUCUGGUGAUAUUCUAAUUUGUCUUGAUUGCUUUAAUUUUAAGUUAAUAAACAAUUCUGCCUCUAACUGAUCAUCCCUAUAUUAAUCAAUACCUUCAUGAAAAGUAAUAAGUAAUAACUAUAUCUAUAUUCUCGUUUGGAAAUAGGUACGUGGUUUUAUAUGUGUAAUGUGUGUUGUGUGGUGGUGGUUAGGGUUUGUUUUUUGUAAGGUUAACAAUGUACUAUUUUACAAUCUGAGGAUUAUGUAUGUGGACAUGUCGGGAGACGAUUUCUUA